AUGACGAACUUGGUGAAGCUUAAAUUUGCUGCCCUGGAUAUUAUCCGGAAGAAUUACCUGACCUGGGUACUGGAUACCAAGAUCCAUCUGGAAGCAGGGAAUCUUAGAGAUACCAUUAGGGAAGAGAAGAACUCAUCUUCUCAAGAUCGGGCAAAGGCCAUGAUUUUCAUUCGUUGCCAUCUUGAUGAGGUGCUAAAAAGCGAGGCUCGCUAUGAGUGGACUCAUCUGAGGAUCCAGGACUUCAAGUCAGCGGCAGAGUACAAGUCUGCGUUGUUCAGAAUUACCUCUCAGAUGAAGCUCUGUGGGGAUACUAUUACUAAGGAACAUAUGUUGGAAAAGACUCUUAACACAUUUCAUACCUCCAACGUGCUCCUGCAGCAGUAG